AUGAGAGCGUCUGUCGGCGCCGCUUCCCUGCGCCGGCUUUCAUUUCGCCGAGCGUUCAAUCCCCCACCGUGGCGUGUCGUGUCAGCCGCUCUUAAGGUUCCCUUUGCCGAGCUAACGUGCCGCGGUGCCGCCGCCAAUCCCGCGCUGUCACUUCAGCAGCCGCUGCCGCCGCCGCCGCCGUUCACGCUGCGAGACAACCGCAUCCAGCUGCACCGCUCCACGUCCACCGAGCUCUCCAUCACCAUCGCCGAGGUGCAGCUGUCUGACGAGGGCGAUUACACCUGCUCCAUCUUCACCAUGCCCGUGCGCACCGCCCGGGCCACCGUCACCGUGCUAGGUGUGCCCGGCAAACCUCACAUCUCUGGAUUAGAGAAUCCGGUGCAGGAGGGGGGCACGGUCACCUUGACCUGCACCAGCACUGGCAGCAAACCCCCCGCCCGGCUGCACUGGUUUCGCGGGGACGAGGAGCUGGAAGGCCGCCCGGACGUGGUGGAGUCGGUGCAGGAUGAGCCCACCUACAACGUGAGCAGCGAGCUGACGCUGGAGGUGAGCCGCGCCAACGACAACCAGGUCAUCACCUGCGCCGUGGACCAUCCCUCGCUGGCGCCGGGGGACAAACGGAGCGAGCACACCCUGAGGGUCUUGUAUUCCCCGAACGUUCAGAUACUGCCUGAGAGUGAUCUGCCUCGUGAGGGGGAGAAGUUUCUUCUCCAGUGUUUGGGCAACAGCAACCCUGAGCCGUCGUCCUACACUUGGGAGAAGAAGGAUGGAGAGCUCCCCCCGCUGGCCAAAGCGGACGGCGCGUUCCUGCGCUUUGAGACGCUGAACAAGUCGGACAACGGCGUGUACCUGUGCUUCGUGGACAACGGCGUCGGGAGCAGCGCUGGCGAAUACACGCUGCUGGUGCAAGACCCGGACACCACGAUUGCUUCUGCGACCUCUUCUCCUACGUCACCGCCAUCUUCCCCCCUUGCCACUGAAUCUACCUCCUCCUUCGACAUUACGGAACUUUCCUCCACCACCUUCCAGUCCGAGAGCGCCGCCACCGUCCACUCCGAGAGCACCGCCACCGUCCAGUCCGAGAGCACCGCCACCGUCCACUCCGAGAGCACCGCCACCGUCCAGUCCGAGAGCACCGCCACCGUCCACUCUGAGAGCACCGCCACCGUCCAGUCCGAGAGCACCGCCACGCUUUCCAACGAGCUUUUCCCCGACGUCACUUUGUCGCCCGACUCCUCCUCCUCUUCCCCCUCCUCUCUCACUUCCGUCUCUCGUACGUCCGCCUCCUCUACUCCCUUCUCCAGUUCGUUUUCGACUUUGCCUCCCAUAUCUGCAAGCGCGGCGCCUUCCUCCACCGCCCACUCCUCCGCCUUUGCCUCCUCCUCUUACUCCUCAGUUUCCGACUCGCAGAACGGACGUUUCACUUCCACAGAAGCUGCCGACAACGCCCCAGACCCCACCGCCAUGUCCACCUCCUCAGGUGUGGACCACGCCGUGAUUGGAGGAGUGGUGGCCGUCAUCGUCUUCAUCCUGCUCUGCCUCCUCAUCGUCUUUGGAAGAUACCUCAUCAGACACAAAGGAACAUAUUUGACCCACGAGGCCAAAGGUUCCGAUGACGCUCCGGACGCCGACACGGCCAUCAUCAACGCAGAGGGCGGCCACUCCGGAGCGGAGGACAAGAAGGAGUACUUCAUCUAGUUAGGGAGCAAGGGAGCAAGGAGAGGAGAGAGAAGGAAAGAACAAUCUUCCAUUCGUUUGUACGCCGCUCGGUCGGAG